UUUGAUUUUUAAUCUGAAAUUUGAUUUCCUUUAUGAAUAGCACAUUUAGGAUCAAAAUUAUUUAUAACGUCCCAUCAGGAUUGGCAGGGAUAUUUUAUACAUAUUUAGAAAACCAUCGAUGUAUCGAGGGUACUAUCGAUUUUUGUUCCAGCUCUAGCGAGAUGACGAAAAAUAUAAAUAAACUCGUUUUAACAAUAUCCAAUAAAUUAAACAAAUAAAUAAGAUGCCUCGUUCCCAAAUUUACCAUGAGAAGCAGACCAGGCAGCUGUGUGCCCUUCAUGCCCUAAACAAUUUAUUUCAAGGUGCUGAAUCCUUUUCCAAGGCGGAGUUGGAUGACAUAUGUAGCAAUCUAAGCCCGGACACAUGGGUAAAUCCUCACCGCUCCGUAUUAGGCCUGGGCAACUAUGACAUCAACGUGAUCAUGACAGCCCUGGCGCUACGGAAUUACCAGGCAGUUUGGUUCGAUAAGCGCAAGGACCCCGAUUGCAUAGACAUGGACGCUAUUGUGGGCUUUAUCCUAAACAUUCCAUCGGACUACAGAUUUGGCGUUGUCACCCUGCCAUUGCGAAGGCGUCACUGGAUUGCAGUGCGUCGCAUUGGAACUGUUUAUUACAACUUGGAUUCUAAAUUGCGUCAACCGGAACUGGUAGGCAAUGAGAGCGAUCUUGUGAGAUUUCUCCGUGAGCAACUGUCACAGCCUGAGCAGCAGCGUGAACUAUUCCUUGUCGUGAAUCAGGCAUCCAAUGGCAAUGAGACCACCUCACAAAGUUGGCUCAAAGAAUCUCACACCAAGCACAAAGAUGAUACUGCACGCUAACAUUAACACCCAAGGAUCUCUGUGAAUAAACAUAUAAGUAAUAA